AUGGCAUUGGAAGCCCGUCUGCUUCUCCAAGCCCUAUCCCAGGCGCUGGGAUGGACCUAUUUCCUGCUGUGGUCGGUCUCACUCUACCCGCAGGUUAUCCACAAUUACCGUCGACGCGCGACAACAGGCUUCUCCCUGGAUUUUAGCCUGCUGAAUGUGCUCGGGCUGUGCGCCUAUACUGUCUUUAACAGCGGUCUGUUAUUUUCGUCGGUCAUCCGCGCUCAAUACGCACAGCGGCACUCCUUGAGCCCGGAGCCGCCGGUGCAUUUGAAUGACUUUUUCUACGCCCUGCAUGGGACCGCCGUCUGCUUGCUCCUCUAUACUCAACUCCAAUGGCCUGCGCUGUGGAGGUUCGACACAAAACGGGAACAGCAGAGGCCGAGUAGGGUGACUCUGGUCCUGGUGGGUGCGUGUCUCGGUCUGGUCAUCCUGGAUGUCAUCGCGGUGUUGUAUUCCCCGCCGCUUUACUCACGAGAAUGGCUUGAUGUGUUGUACACGGUGGGAAACAUCAAGCUGUUUCUAACUGUUAUCAAGUACACUCCGCAGGUGUGGUUGAACUACUGCCGCCAGUCCACACAUGGCUUCUGCAUGAGUGCUAUCCUCAUGGAUUUCACAGGAGGGAUGCUCUCUCUAAUCCAGUUGGUUAUCGAUACUUCUUUGCAAGGGGACUGGUCCGGCACCCGUGGAAAUAUCCCUAAACUACUGCUUGGGAACAUCACUAUCUUCUUUGAUGUUGUCAUCAUGGUCCAGCAUUAUUGCCUGUAUCCGCGCAAGUCACGUCGCGCCUCGCUGCAGCCGUCCGAGCAUAACCCGCUUCUGAGUUAG